AGCGGCUACUGUAAAAUUCAUGAGCGCCGCAGCACAAAUGCACGUCUACUUCCAAAUUAGGAUGAAAACUGUUGUUUUGACAGCAGUUGUGAAAUGUUUUUCUCUCGUCUAGUUAAAGGAACGCCUAUAUGCAAACUUGACUGUGCAGUCUUUAUUCCUUUUUAAAGGCGGAUUUCAAGUGCACAAAAGAAAGAUUUAGUUGCUUCUUAAUUAAACUUCGGAUUACAUCAUUUAGAGUACACUUGAGCAAAUGUUGCGCUCUUUUCGAGGUCACACCUGGGAGAGUUGGGAUUGGGAUCCGGACAGUAAAUCUCCUGAUGCUCAUCUCUCUCUAUGCCGACAAGCGGUAUAUUUUCAUGUCAGCCCUGUGUUGGACAGUCAGGGUACUGCAGGGGUCAGAGGCACCAAAGGUGAGACUAGUUUCACUCGUGGUGAGCAUUACUGGGAGAUUGAGUUCCUAGAGCCUCCUUAUGGGUGCUCUGUGAUGGUGGGGGUUGGUACCCAAAAUGCACUUCUGCAUAAAGGGGAUCAAAAGUUUGUUAACCUCAUUGGCAUCGACAGUGAGAGUUGGGGUCUGUCAUACAAAGGCUUCAUCUGGCAUAAUGGAAGGAGUCAAAAAUACACGGAGCCUUUUUAUGAAAGAAAUACAGUCAUUGGGGUUUUGCUGGAUUUGAACACUGGGACACUGACGUUCUUCCGGAAUGGAGUGAACCUUGGGGUGGCCUUCACUGGCCUGGAGCAGGCCUUUCAGGCCAGCAAGGCUCUGUAUCCUCUGGUGAGCUCUACGGCCCCUGAAACUGAGCUUCAGCUGGGUGUGAGGAGCCAGAGAAUCUCCUCCCUACAGGAACAGUGUAUACACAUCAUCACACAGUCCCUCUCACAUUAUAGACACGCACACGAAUUACCAUUACCCACAUCUCUGCUCUGUCAAAUACACACACAUGCGCAUUUAUAAGUGAGGUAUGACCUGUUUCUGAUUCAUUCAGAACAUGCCAACCUCAAACAACAACACAAAUAUUUCUAGUGCAGCAGAUCCAUUUUAUAUGCAGCCUACCUCAAAAAUUAUAUUUUUAUUACUUCUGUUGAACAAAAACAACAUGUGUGACUUUAAUGUAAUCAUAUUACUGUUUUUAUUCUUAAUUUAUAUGCCAUUUCUACAUUUUAUAGAUGAUAUUGUUGGCAAUGAUUGUGUUCCAAAAUAAGAUAUAAUUACCUGUAUUAUGCUCACAGUAGUUCUUUGGGACCAAAUAUGUAAAAGCCAAUUAAAUAUAACUGCCUGCUUUUAUCCGUAUUAAGAAAA